AUGGGCAUGAGCACGCUGAUGCUGAACUCCUUCCUGAAGGCAGAGACACAAACAAGACGGCUGCUACGCUGUAGUUUUAGAGGCCGCUGGAGCAACGUCUACAAGCUGCCGUACAACUGGAUCGGCACCGGGCACGUGGUGUACCGCGGCGCCUUUUACUACAACCGCGCCUUCACCAAGAACAUCAUCAAGUACGACCUGAAGGAGCGGUACGUGGCCGGCUGGGCGCUGCUCCACGACGUGGUCUACGAGGACGCGACGCCCUGGAAGUGGAGAAAAAAAACGGACAUCGACUUCGCCGUGGACGAGAGCGGGCUCUGGGUCAUCUCCCCCGCCGUGGACUACGACUACUCCCAGCAGGAGGUGAUCGUCCUCAGCCGCCUCGACCCCGCGGACCUCUCCAUGCGGAGGGAGACCACGUGGAAGACGGGGCUGAAGCGCAACGCCUACGGCAACUGCUUCAUCGUCUGCGGCAUCCUCUACGCCGUGGACACCUACAGCCAGAAGGAGGGGCAGAUCUCCUACGCCUUCGACACCCACACGGACACCGAGGCAGACCUCAGGCUGCCCUUCCUCAACCAGUACGCCUUCACCACGCAGGUUGACUACAACCCCAAGGAGAAGGUGCUCUACGCCUGGGACAACGGCCAUCAGAUGACCUACAGGCUCCACUUCGUGGUGUGAGCGCCCGGCCGGGUCCUGCCCUCGCCGCCGUGCACCGAGCCCGGCCGGGAC